AUGCUCGCGGGCCUCGCACUUGCGUCUCUAUUCGCGAGCCUUGUCUCUGCGGCUAGCUGGAUCGCGCCUGGGGCGGUUUGGUAUGAUAGUGAUGGGGCGAAGAUCGAUGCGCAUGGGGGUAUGAUUCUUAAGCCUGGAAAUGUCUUCUACUGGGUGGGCCAAUCCUGGGAUAGCAACACCUCCCCGCGCAUCUACUCCUCCGAGGACUUGAUCAACUGGGAUAAUCGCGGCCUCGCGAACUCGAUUGAGUGGCUUUACCGCCCCAAGAUGUUCGUCUCUGGGGGACGGUACCACAUCUUCGGCCAGGUCAACCGGCUGACACAGGCCAUGUCCUCGACCAACAUCGCGAGCGGCUAUAACUUGUACGGCUCGCCCAUGUCCAUUCCUCCGGACAGCUACACGUUCAGUGACUGUGGCGUGUUCGCCGAUACUGAUGGUAACGACUACUGGAUCACGAGCGCCGACCAUAAUACGAUUGCUAUCAACCAUAUUAAUGGCGGCACGCAGAGCAGCGUCGGCGACAGGGUUGCAUACCUUUCUCUUGGCGCGUACGAGGCACCUGCCCUGUUCAAAGUCGGCAGCGUCUACUUCCUCAUCGUCUCGGCAAAGACCGGCUACCGCGCGAACCCGGACAAGGUCUUCUGGGCGACGAACCUCGCUGGUCCCUGGACCGGCCCCAAGGACAUCGCCCCCGAGUCGACGAACACCUACAACUCGCAGUCGACAUUCGUACUCACGAUCGCCGGCAGCUCACAAACAACAUACAUGUUCAUGGGCGACGCGUGGGACUCGCAAGGCACGAGCGCCUCGAACUACAUGUGGCUCCCGAUGAGCGUGUCAUCGUCCGCGCACACCGCGACGCUGCAGGACUACGCGUACUGGAAGGUUAACCCUACGACUGGUGUGGUGACGACUUCGUCGACGGGGAAGCGGUAUGAGGCGGAGGACGCGACGAUCGCUGGCAGGGCGGCCGUCGCGGACUGCGAGCGUUGUAUUACCAAGCGUUCCGUGCACCGGAUCGACCCUACCAGCAACGUGACCUUCACCAACGUCGAGGGUCUCGGCACAGGCGAGCGCCAGUGGAUGUCGCUGCACUACACCGUAAACAACGCGACCGGCGGCGACGCGUUCGUGCACGUUAACGGCGACAAGUUCCGCGUGCGCGACCUGAACGUGCGCGCGGGCCUGCACCACACCGUCCCGAUCUCCGUCGUGCUCGCGAAGAAGAACGUCGUCUCUUUUUCUGUGGAGUCGAACGACAAUAUGUUCGAGGCGCGCCUUGAUGGGAUUGAGGUGCUGGAUGGGACUGAGGAGGAGAUCGAGGUGAAGCUUUGA